CCUAUCAGCGCAUAGCACCGAACGGGUGCGGGGUGGCGCGUGCGUUCUGUUUACUAGCACAGACCGUUACAAGUCUUGUUACUCGCGCGCGAGUUGUUAUUAUUGUGCCGAAUUAUUACUUCUGAUUUAUUUAAUUGCUUGUGGGUGAAUUAGUGGUGACUAUUCAAGGAUUUUAAGUACUUAUUAAGUACUAAGCAAUGGAUGGCGAAGAUCAGGAUGUUAUGUUCACCCAAUUACUCAAUAAACGACGCAAACUAGUCAAUCUUCGAAAUUUGAUUAAUUCCCGUAGUAAAGAAGCUAAAGCUAGCGAUACAGGUGCUUCAGUGCCCGAGGACGACAUACGAAAUAUAUACGAGAAUCCAAUUGCAGGGCCAAGUUAUUGUCAUGAGAAGACAAAACAUGAAGUCAAUGCGCAUAUAUUUGAAAGUGAUUGUUUAGAUCCUGGCCAAGAAUUUUCCGAUUAUGAUAGUGAUGAUAGCGUUAAAGACAAGACUUACGAACCACAUGAAGAUCUUUCGGAUGGCAGCUACGUCAGUGGUUCGCCAGAAAAAGUUUUAGCUCUAUCGACGUAUUUGAAGGUGAAAAGAAAGCUUUCUUUUUCGGAAAAAUCGCCUGAAAGGCAAGCUAAAGUGAGAAAUAAUGAAGAUAUUAAUUUAAUCACUUUAGACGAUCUUCUAAGUCCACGAAAAAAUAUUAUAUCUGCAACUUCAGUUUUCAAUGAAAGUCCUAAAGAAAACGAUCGUUGCUUUGCUGCAACAGCUCAACAAACAAUUCUUUCUGUAUAUCCGUCGGUAAAUAACCUUAAUGAAUCUUCGCUAUUUGAUCAAGAUAGUUCUAAAAGUACGAAUUCAAAUAACAUGAUGUUGAUUCAAGUAAGGGCGAGUACAUCUGCUUAUAAGAAUGAUCACAUUGAAAACCGUAAUUUAACAGACAGAGACCAUACUACAGGCUUUUUAAUUGUACCCCAUUUUGAUGAAAGUGUUAAUAUUUCUGAUACUACUAUGAAUGAAGAUAUAGUUAACUCGAACCGAAUUAUGGUCGCAGAUAAGAAUGGGAAUGUUUAUAUACCAGAUGACCGACAAAUAAGAAAUAAUGAAAACAUACAGCAGAUCGGUACAGCAGUCCCUUCAAAAUCUAACACAAGAAAGAAAGUUAAAAACGUAACUAAAUGGAAAAGAGUUGCGGCUAAAAUUGCAAGACUAAAAGGUUCUCCCUAUCAUUCAACUGUAGCAAAAAAAAAACCCUGAAAUAGACGGUCGUGAAAUGAAACCUCCAUGUAAGUGUAAAUCAAAAUGUUACGAAAAAGUGUCUAAUGAAACAAGAAUACAAAUAUUUGAUGAAUUUUGGAAAAAAUGCAGCAGUUGGGAUCAACGUCGCCAGUUUAUAGCCUCUAACGUCACAAAAAAACAAAAACACACAAUGAGAACGACUGGGAACUUAGAUACUGACCGAAGGAAGUUUACACACGAAUAUAGUCUUAUUGCAAAUUCUAAGAGCGAAAAAAUAUGCCGGAAUAUGUUUCUUCACACGCUAUCUAUAGGAGAAAAGUUUGUUAAGGUGAGUUUGGAGAAACAGCUCGAUGGAGGGUUGGUAGCUCCAGAUCAGAGGGGAAAGCAUAUUCCUGGUAAUAAAACUUCAGAUGUGGUAGUGCAAUCAGUGAUGGAUCAUAUUAACUCAUAUCCAUGUUAUGAGAGUCAUUAUUGAACAUUAUUGAACAUGUAUCGAAACAUUUUCAACACCAAAUUCAAUUUAAGCUUCAAACUACCGUCGAUCGACACAUGUGAUGAUUGCGAUGCAUUUGAGAGAAAACUGUUAGAUGUUGUGGAUGAAGAGCUGAAACAAAAGAUAGAAAAAGAAAAGGACAUUCAUGCUAAAACUGCUGAAGAAAGAUAUAACUUGAAGAGAAAUGACAAAAAGGAAGCAGAAUCAAGUUCAGGCGAAAAAAAAGUAUUGGUGUUUGAUUUGCAGAAGUGUUUGGCUACAGCGAAUUUAACUAAUAGUAAAUCUUUUUAUCUACGAAAGCUUUGGACACUAAAUUUGACAAAAUUUGAUUCUACAGCUAAUAGAGCUGCAAACAUGUUAUGGUCUGAAAAUAUAGGUGGCAGCCCAUAUCAACGGCGAAAUUUGUUUGAAGUUUUUUUAUUUUAUUUUGUUAAUUACGACCUUAUGUACUUAAUAAUAAAUUCAUUUAAAUGCCUCAUAAAUAGAUACAUGAUAAGAUCGGACGUAACUAAAUUUCUAUUUUUAGCCAAUCAUAACGUUACAUCUUUUAUUAGAGCUUAAAAUACGAAUAGAAUUUACUAAAAAAUUGCAGGCAUAAAGUUGUGUCAGUAAAUAUAAUUAAAAGCAUUCGUCGUUUA